UUUUAGCUAGGGUUUAAGUAGUAACUCUCUUUCCUCCUCCACUGCCCUAAACCUCUGAAGCAUUGGGCUCUUAUAAAAAUCCCCAAAACUGAUAAAUUUGUAAUCCAAGCAGACUUGGAAGCAUAUUUGCAGAGAGCAUGGCUCGUUUCAGGAAUAAGAAGAGGAAGCCGUUUGUCAAGCACAUUGUGAAGAAGCAGCCAACGGUAGACCAUGUUACAGGAGACAAGAUUCCAAGGAGCUUCGUCUUUGCAAGGGGGAAGCUUCCUGGGCCUCUCAGACGCUUGCAAAUGGACUUGAGGAAAUUGAUGAAUCCUUAUACUGCUCUCAAGCUCAAGGAAAAGAAACGAAACAGUCUCAAAGAUUUUGUGACUCUUGCUCAGGAUAUGAGGGUCACGCAUUUUCUCAUAUUGUCAAAAACUGACUCUGCACCAUACUUGAGGGUUGCCAAAACUAUGCAAGGUCCAACUUUAACGUUCAAAGUACAUGAAUAUUCAUUGGCUACUGAUAUUGCUCAAUCUCAACUCCGUCCAAGAUGCCCUCCGGAUCUUUUCAAAACCCCACCCUUGAUUGUUCUAUCUGGAUUUGGGACUGGGGAGGAACAUCUAAAGCUCACUACACUUAUUUUCCAGAACAUUUUUCCUGCCAUUGACAUAAAUACAGUCAAACUGUCUUCGUGCCAAAGGAUUGUAUUACUUAAUUACAACAAAGAAACAAAGCUUAUUGACUUUCGGCAUUAUUCCAUCAGAUUACAGCCAGUGGGUGUUUCUCGCAGGAUCAGGAAAUUUGUGCAAAACCAUCAAGUGCCUAAUCUAAGAAGUCUUCAAGAUGUUAGUGACUUCGUGACCAAGGCUGGUUACGGAUCUGAAAGUGAACCGGAUGAUGAGGCUGCAACUGUAAAUCUUUCAUCUGAUAUUGGAAGAGUUAAUCGAGCUUCUACAAAAAGUGCUGUCAAACUUCAAGAGAUUGGACCUAGGAUGACUCUUCAACUCGUCAAGAUUGAAGAGGGCCUAUGUACUGGUCGGGUCAUUUUCAGUGAAUUCGGAAAUACUAGCGCUAAAAAACUGGGAAAUGAAGAAGAGGAUGAACAAGAAAGUGAGGAGGAGAUGGAUACAGAUGGGCAGGAAAAUGCAGCUGAGGAAGAGCAAGAAAUUGAAGAUGAGGAGGAACAAGAAAUUGAAGAAGAGUUAGAAGAGGAUUAGCUCUUUAAAUGUAUUUUCUGAUUUAAAAUGAUGAGCAUUUGACUCCCCCCCCCCCCCCACGCCCACCCCCCUCCCCUUUUAUACGGAUGUUAUUUAUUCUGUUUUCCUUGUCUUUACUUGUAUUGCCAAUAUAUAGUGAGAUGAUGGUAGAAGAGGAAAGAAUCAUUUGUUGAAUUUGCUGGUAUGAGCUACUCAUACCUUUUCCUUAACCCGUCAUUUAUUUUCCUA